AUGUGCUGAGUCGAGGGGAUAGGCGCGGGGGUGCGUCCGUCACGGGGUAGCCCCCGGCCCGGACCCGGAGGGAUGCGGAGUGGCGGCCGCGGCGGUGGCGGAGACUGUGGCUUUAAGAGCGCGCCGGGAGCCCGAGCCCCAGCCGGGCCGCGCUUCGCCGCUGCGCACCCCUGCGGAGCCGAGCCCCGCGCUGGCCGGACGGGGCCGCCUGCCGCCGGGCUGCUGAGAACUAACCCUAGACCUCUGCGUGAGGGUUCUUCUGCCGAAGACAUCACCAGUGUGUGGAGCCUGCCCCACACCCACCCGCUGCCAAACCACGGCCUUUACCUGUGUCUUCCGGUGUUUCCCGUGCGACCCAUCCUGUGGGAGUGCCUCGUGGGCUGCUCCAGAGUUCACCCCACACUCAGCAGCACCAAUGGUGAAGAUGACAAGAUCGAAGACUUUCCAGGCAUAUCUGCCUUCCUGCCACCGGACCUACAGCUGCAUUCACUGCAGAGCUCACUUGGCCAAUCAUGAUGAACUCAUUUCCAAGUCGUUCCAAGGAAGUCAAGGACGAGCAUACCUCUUUAACUCAGUAGUUAAUGUGGGCUGUGGGCCUGCAGAAGAGCGAGUGUUGCUAACAGGACUGCAUGCAGUCGCAGACAUUUACUGUGAAAACUGCAAAACCACUCUGGGCUGGAAAUAUGAACAUGCUUUUGAAAGCAGCCAGAAAUAUAAAGAAGGCAAAUACAUCAUUGAGCUAGCACACAUGAUCAAGGACAAUGGCUGGGACUGAUUGGACAGCAUCUACCCAACCCAGUGUCCACGUGAAUGCCAUUCAACCGAACAUUCUUCCCAAGCGUGAGAGAGUGACUGACACUUGGUUCCAUCCAUUUAGGGGCCUUGCCAUCUGGGGCAUCCUCCCACCCUGACGCCAUCUUUCUGGUGACCGGCCUCUAAAUUGCUGUCUCUCUGUCUCUUUGCUUUGUAUCUGUUUGUGAGUUGAUCCUGGCUUCUCUCUCUGUUCUAGUUUUGGCUGAAAACAAAACAACAAAAGGAACAGAUCCUUGACCGCAUGGGCGGCAGCCCACCUUGGUAAGGGCCCCAGGGCCCGUGCGAGAGCUGCCUGAUGGCCUCUUGUCAGGCGAGCAGUGGCAUGGGGGCGUGAGGAAGAGGGAAAGGGGAAACUCUUAAGGGUCCUGGCGCGGGGAAGGGGUGGAAGGGUGGAGGUAGGAACAAAAUUGCGCUGCUCCUGGAGACCUGAUAACUUAGGCUUGAAAUAAUUGACUUGACUAAAAGGACAAAGAGAAAAAAAAAAUACCUCAUGACUGCAUUCUCUCUGACCAGAAGCUUCUGUUCCUGACACCAAAUGUGCCAGGUUAGCAAAUGAGCACAAAGAUGUGGCCCUGAUUCUAGUUGGCGGGGCAAGGGCCUGGUUCUCCUGGGCUGAGUGGGGGAGUGUUCUGGCAGCAGUGAGUGACUGGGGCAGUGGCCAGGUGGGUGCGAUGACUCUGAUGCCUCGCUCAGUCUCUGGGCAAUCAUCAUCUUUGCCUCUUUAGGCACCAUAGAUAAGGUGUGAGGGGACUGUCAUUUGCAAUGGGCUUAACAUCCAAAUAUCCCAAAGGCUUUGACCAGCAACCAAGUAAAAUCAGUAAUUGAGGAGAGCAGGGCACAAAGGGGCUGCAGUUUGGGAGCGCUGAAGAAAUGGCUCAGAUAUUGAGCCAGAGAAAUAAAAAGUAGGAUCAAUUAGCAAUUCUUACUGCCCUUCCUUCUGACCCCUCAUAAGAGGAGUGUGGUAAGGGAGGGGACUGGGUAGGGGUAAUCCCUGGAGGGGUUUAGAUUGGAACCAGUUCAGGUUUGGUCCAUCUUUCCUCCUUGGUUUUACAGUGGCUUCCGUGGGAUCAACAAUUUCUUGUUCAUAGAGUUUUGGGUGUUUUUCUCCAGUCCUGUUGCUGUAGACUGUAGAAAGCAUGGGCCCCAGGCUCUGAGCUUAGUAAUAACCUGGCUGGUAGAUUCCUCAUGCCCCUAAUUGGCCCCACUUAGGUCUGAAUGUCUUGCAUGGAGAGAAAUCUGCUGUCAGUGUGGUCCAGCAGCAGGGAGGAGUUCUGCCCAAAUUCCGAUAUUACCCUUUCCCCACAUCCAAACAUCCUUCGAUUAGGGAAGUGGAGAGCAUCCCUGUAAGGCCCAUAAGAGAAAGAGGAGUUUGUUACAUUUAAUUAACACUGUGAAGUCUGUUCUACAGCAAUUCAGCCAGUCCACAGUAUGUGACUGAAACUCAUUUAACUGGGUUCAUUUUAUUUCUUAGACUGAAUAUAUAAUUGUGCGUGUUAGGUAAUUCUCAGCAUCUCCUUCUCCAAGUAGGCCGACCCUCUCGGAAAAUUCACCCUAAAAGUCUCACAAAAGAAUGAGUUGAUGGGAUACUCUGUAAAGCAAUGAACUGAGAUGAAAGCAGCCAACAGCCCAGGAGCUUUUCAGAAUCAAAUCUGCAGCAGAACCAAUUUCUGUUGGGAGCGCGUCCUUGGUGGAAAUGCUUUUUUGUGUGUCUCCACGCACUGAUGGUGGAAUGGGAGCCCCAAGACAGGUGUGGGCUUGCCCUGCCAGGGGCAGGUGGCAGGACUGACAGAAACCGGGAUAGCUCCAGGAUUCUCAGGAGAGAGCCCCUGUAAGACAAAUGGAUUCUUAGAAAUUGACUUUUGUUCCCCAAGGCCUCUUGUCCAGAUCUUCCCAGUGCUUUCACAGCCCUGGGAGAUCAAGUUGUUCUUCCCACUUUACUGCAAGGUAGACUGAGGUUCAGAAGAAAUAUUGAAUUCUGCUCCCAGAAGAACAGUUUGUCUGGCUCACAGGCCCAAGUUCUCAAUGAAAUGGUUUUUCAACUUUCACAUUCCUAAGCCGGCUUCCCGGCACAGAAGCCAUGGAUUUCCCCUCUCUCCCUUCCCCUACUCAGGGAAAGUCUUCCUUUAUGGAUUUUCCUUAGACCCUUUCCUCAGGGAUUGUCCUGGCUAUUUACUGAUAGUCUUUCCCAUAGGAAGAAAAUGGGGGUUAAACAUGGGGUAGGUGUUUUGUCUUUCAAACUGAAAGUGGAAUGUGGUGACAUCAGCUAGACAUGGGGUGCCCUCAAGUUUCCAGGGGGGCAGAGAAGAAGACCAGUGUGCCACUGUUCUUCCUUGGGGAUGAGGCCUUUGACUGUUGCAUGGAUCAGAGCAGGCUCCAGUCAGACCCUGGUUCUGAGUGUUUUUUUUUUUUUUCAGUGACUAUCCAGUGAGCCUCCAGUGGGUGUAAGGCGCCAUACUUGCUGUGAGAGAGCUGAGUAGAGUGUUGGUUUUUCCAUAACUACAGGGGAAAAAAACUCAUUAGGCUUUCCCUUUGUGUCAGUGAAACCAAAAGUGCUUCUUACAACAUUCGCUCUGUUCAUGGGUUGUCUGUCUAACACUGAGAAGCCUUGGAGAGGCCACAGCUGAGCUCUGGAGAUGCUAAAUUAACUCAUGGCCUCAGUCAGUUCAUUCUUUAAUUUCCUCACCAAAUUAUUGACUUAGAGCAUAACCAAAGACCUCAUUCAUUCACCCCAGGUGGGUUGGGGGAAUUGGAGUUUGUUGGUCAAGUUUGGGGGCGGGGUGUGGGGAGUAGAGACAGAGUAAGGAGACUUGAGAAAGGGAAAGGCAUGAAGUUCUAUACCUCAGCCAGCAGCUGCCUUCGUUUGGAACUGAAGUCCAGCCAGCAGACUCUCUAGCUCCAUCUCCCCUGUGCCACCCUAGGUCAUAUGACCUUGGCCACCCUGGAGUAGACCCAGACCCCUCGGGACCUGGGACAUUAGUCUCAGGCUGCUGAUGGAUUGAUUUGACAUGAAUCAAAUACAGCCAAACUCGAUACCCACAAGCUGUCAGCUGGACCUGACUGAGUGUUCUUCCUGAGUUCACGAGGAUAGGCUAGAGUGCAUUUUUACUGGUGGAUCAGUGUGUGCAAAAGAGAUGACCCUUUAUAAAGAGAUUUUCAAGUGGAUAUAUAUAAAAGAAACAGUUGCUUGUAAAAUAUACUUUUGUAAAUAAUAUUUAAUUUUUUAAAUAAUAUAUUUGGUGCUGUUUUCUCAGAUCCCCUGAGAGCACUUUUGAUUUUCAUUUUAAAUUCUAUGGUUUCCUUUGCAUUU